ACAUGUUUUAUCGCUGUGAAACAGCAGCUGCUCAGUAACUUAUUAAUCUUAACAGUAUAAAUUAGUGCGAGAGAGACACCAGAGACAUCAGAGUGUCGAGACACACUGACAUCAGGAUCUUCAUCAGAUCACUUCUGCUGAAAUCUGACCAUGAAGCUGGUUUCAGUCGUCCUCCUCCUGCUGGCUCCUCUGUUGAUCAGCUGCCAGCAGCUCGUUCUGCCGUUGGACUGCAGUGAGAUUUAUAAUAAUGACAACAGCCGACCCAGUGGAGUGUACACCAUCUAUCCCAAAGGACCCCCUUCUGCUGUCCAGGUGUACUGUGACAUGGAUUCACAAGGAGGACGGUGGACGGUGUUCCAGAGGAGGAUGGACGGCACGGUGAACUUCUACAGGGGCUAGGAUCAAUACAAGAC